GCGGAUUUUUCGUUGUGCGCGUGUUUUUCACUCGUUUUAGCUGCAUUUGCGGCCGCUGCAACGCCGGCGAACCGAGAUGAUAAGGGGCUAGUCCGCGGUGACUUGCGAAGCCAGUCUUUUCCAGAGCCCGAUGGUAUUUUGCGACGUUCGCGCUGCGGUCACUCUGGGCGUUUAGCGAAGAUUUUUUGUGCUAAUUUUGUGCAGAAAUCGAAGCAGCAGCCGUGUUAAUUGGGAGCCAGUGGGAGCCCGAGCUGUUACACCUGGCGGAAAUAGAGGGCAUAAUCGAGUAAAAUAGAAGCCAAAAGCAACAGCGAAAUGAACAAGGCUGACGUCAACCGCCGUGUUUUGGCCAUUCAGGCGAAGAAGAAGCGGCAUAAGAACAACAAGAAGCGGGGCAAGCAGAACGGCCAGCAGGAUCCUCAAUCGAAUCCCGGCCAGAAUCAGAAUCCCAACUCGAACCCCAAUUCGCAACCCAAUCGGAGCAGCGAGAACUUGCAGGCACCGGAUAAUGCUAAUAAUAGCCACUUGGAUGCGCCCAUUUUGGCCACCGCAACGGCAACGGCCUCCACAUCCAGCGGGGGAUCCGGAUCAGGCGGCACUCCCGACCAAUAUCAGCCAACCCAGCAGCAAACGCAACCCAAGACCAAGUCGAAGUCAUCCAACGCGCAGAAGGAGCACCUGCAGCAGCAGCAGCCACCGCGGAGCAGCUCCAACGAGUCCUACGAAUCCGAGCUGAACAGCGAGAACGAGGAGCAGGAGCUGAAGGAGGACUACUGCAAGGGUGGCUACCACCCCGUCAACAUCGGUGACCUCUUUCAGGGUCGCUACCACGUCAUCCGAAAACUGGGCUGGGGCCACUUCUCCACCGUCUGGCUGUGCUGGGAUCUGCAGGAGAAGAGCUAUGUGGCCAUCAAGAUUGUCAAGUCGGCGCCGCACUUUGCCGAGACAGCCAAGGACGAGAUCAAGAUACUCAGGACAGUGCGCGAGACGGAUCCAUCGAAUCCACGCCGCCAGAAGACCGUCCAGAUGCUGGACGACUUCAAGAUCACCGGCGUAAACGGCACCCAUAUUUGCAUGGUCUUCGAGGUGCUGGGCGACAAUCUACUGAAGCUCAUCCGCAAGUCCAACUACCGCGGCAUUCCGCUGGGCAACGUGAAGACCAUCACCCGCCAGGUGCUGGAGGGUCUGGACUAUCUGCACACCUGCUGCAAGAUCAUCCACACGGACAUCAAGCCCGAGAAUGUACUACUCUGCGUGGACGAGCCGCAUGUCCGUUCGCUGGCCACCGAAGCCACCCAGCUGUACUGCAUGAACUCCAAGAUGUAUCCAUCGCUGGUGAGCAGGGCGCCCAAGGAGUAUCGCGAGCCGCCCAUAACUGGCAAAAUGAGCAAGAACCGAAAGAAGAAGCUCAAGAAGAAGGCCAAGAAGCGCAUGGAGCUGUUCAAGAAGCAGCGGGACUACCUGGAACAGGCGGGCGGCCAGCCGGGCGAGGGACCGGGCCAGGAUGCUGGUGAGGAUCAGACAGACUUUGGCGUCAAUCACAAUGAGGUGCAGAACGGCGAUGCUGGCAUUUCCGAUGGCGAUGAGUACUUUGAGGUGAAGCAGGAGCCGGAAGACAAUGAUGACGACGACGAGGAGGAGGUAGCUGCUGAGCAGCCAGUACGUAAAGAGCGACACGAGCGCAAGGAGCGUCCGGAGCGCAAGGAGCAGGCACAGCAGCAGGAGCCACUGGCCGAGGGCGCUGACAAAGCCAAAAAGAAGAAGAAAAAGAAGAACAAAAAUAAAUCCAACCAGCCCCAAGCUCAGCAGCCUCCACAACUGGAGAACUCUACGAGCAGCGGCGACAGCAGCAGCGCCCUCAAGAGUCACCAGACCAAUGGAAGCAGUAGCAUUAGCAACAGCAACACCAACAGCAACUCGAGCGGCACUUUGAAAGGACAAUCAAACGGCAAGAAGAUGCCGUUGCGGCCCAAGCAGGAGAAACAAUUAGAGAAGCAACAGCAGCAGCAGCAGCAGCAGUCAUCGAAUCAGCAGCUGAACAACAACAACUCUAGUUCGAAGCCCAACUCGAACAGCAAUUCGAAAAUCUCAAGCGGCUCCGUUGAGAACUCAUCGUCGGCCACCAAUGGACCGUAUUCGGAGCCCAUGCUGCCACCGCCUCCGCCGCCACCGCAAUCGAAGCACAGGGCACGACGGGAUCCGGCGCUGGAGGAGUGCAGCGUGUACGUAAAGAUCGCAGAUCUGGGCAACGCUUGCUGGGUGGACCGCCACUUCACCGAGGACAUACAGACGCGUCAGUACCGCUCGCUGGAAGUGAUUCUCGGUUCCGGCUACGACACCUCGGCGGACAUUUGGAGCACUGCAUGCAUGGUGUUCGAGCUGGCCACCGGCGACUACCUGUUCGAGCCGCACUCCGGCGAUACCUACUCCCGCGACGAGGACCAUUUGGCCCACAUCAUCGAGCUGCUGGGUCCCAUACCGCGACACAUUGUGUUCCGCGGCACCUACGCCCAGCAGUCGUUUAACCGCGGCGGCGAGCUGCGCAACAUCACUGGCCUCAAGCCCUGGGGCCUGAUGGACGUUCUGCUGGAGAAGUACGAGUGGUCGCAGGGCGAGGCGGAGUCUUUCGCUUCGUUCCUCAAGCCCAUGCUGGAAUUCGAUCCGGCCAAGCGGGCCACCGCCGCGGAGUGUCUGCAGCACCCGUGGCUUAGAUAA